AGUUCGAAAACUAUUUUACAUUGAAAUCGCGUGGACCUCACAAGACUACUUUGCAUUCAAACUCGAAUGAUAUCGGUGUAACUCUCUCUCCUCAUCAUGGUAUCCGAUAAAGAGAAAAACAAUGCCGUGCUGCCGUUUAGGAUCGAGAACAACAUUAUGAAGGGGAAAGUGGUGCCGUUCAAGAGUCAGUAUACUAGCGUUGGAAAGUUGAUGUACGACUCCAUGAAGAAUAACUUUAAUCUUGUGGGACAGGUUUGCACGAUUACCGAUGUCGAGGACACUUUCGGAGAGAUUCUAGAUCGCUCAAUAAAAUGUGCUCUAUGGAUGAAGAAACAGGGAGUGGGAAACAACGAUAUUGUUGUUAUUUCCUCGCAUAAUCAUCGUGAUAGUUUUAUUCCUGGUAUCGCUGCGUUAUUUAUUGGUGCCGUUUGCAACCCAUGGCCCUCAGAUAUGAACACACAGGUAGCACGUCAUUUCAUGUCGAUGAUGCAGCCGAAACUCAUCUUCGCCUGCGAGAAAUCAGUUCCUGUCAUAUUAGACGCUGCCAAAAUCGAAGGUCACAACCCAAAAGUGGUGACAUUCGGUGAUUACCUUGGGACGACACCGUUCAGUGAGACCUUGAAGGGUCAUACUAAACUUGCGAUAUCGAAUUUUAAAUGCAGCGAUAUAGAUGAUACUGAACAGAGUGCUGUGAUUCUGUUCUCUUCCGGAACGACGGGUUUACCGAAAGGUGUACAGUUACCUCAUCGGGCGCUGUUGAACAUCAUGGAAGUGGACGAAGGUCUUGCUGUCGCUUCACACGUGUUGAUGUGGCUGACCUCUUUGUAUUGGCUCACUGGUACUUUGCUAAGCAUUAAACACAUCGUUGGUGGGGCGAAGAAGGUCAUUUCGCCAGAAUUUGAUGAGGAGACGGUUUGCAGGCAUUUUGAGAAGUACAAGGUAUCAUGGACAAUGUUGAGUACCAGCAUGGCGAAUAGACUUGCCCGGUUUAGUCGUUUGCAUGAGUAUGACCUUUCGUCCUUGAAAAUUUUGUGCACGGGUGGUUCCGCUAUGGGGAAGGAAGCUGAAAUUUUGUUGAGAAAGGCUUUUCCUACUACUAAGGUUAUACAGGGAUAUGGUAUGACAGAACUUGGCAAUUUAAUUUCUGCACAAGACGUAGAUUCUACACCAGGCUCCUGCGGCUUAGCAACCAUAAACACCGAAAUAAAAAUCAUCGAUCCUGAAACCGGGAAAACGUUAGGUCCGAAUCAGAGCGGUGAGGUCUGCAUUAAAAAUCUAUCAAUGACGUCGGGGUAUUACAAGAAUCCAGAAGCUACCAAAAAUGCGAUAGACGAAGAUGGAUGGUUACACAGCGGAGAUUUAGGCUGUUUCAACGAGAAAGGAGAGUUGUUUAUCAUUGACCGGUUAAAGGAAUUGAUUAAAUUUCAAGGAUAUCACGUCAUACCAACUGAAAUUGAGAGUUUGUUGCAGUCACACCCUGCUGUUUUAGAAGUUGCAGUUGUUAGUAUACCUCAUCCUAUUGAUUGUGAACACCCUGUUGCUUUUGUCAGUAAAAUACCAAACAAAGAGGUGACAGAGGAAGAAUUGAAAAAAUUAGUAGCUAAUAAUUUAAUGGAUUACUGUAAACUACGCGGUGGAGUGAAAUUUAUGCCGUCUCUGCCGCACACUGCUUCAGGAAAAGUUGCGAGAAAAGAAUUGAAAGCGAUAGCAAAAACGAUGGCAGUUAAUUAAUUAGAUUGUACAUUAUGCAUUAUUUUUUAUAGAAACGAUGCCGAAUUGCCUGAAGAAGAAGAACAGCAUUAUUGGCUCAAAAGUUACUUAAGUAGGAUAAGAAGUUUAUUUUUGUAAUAAAUUAAAGAUAAGAAAAAAAGUAUUAAUCUGUAUAACUUUUUUCGCGACUGCGGGCGAGUAGCGAAUUUUAUACACAUGUAAAGUGUUUUCUGAUAAGUAUAAAAAUAUCAAUUUCGGAGAGUACAUAUGUAUUGGUUUAUAAGAAUAAUAUAUUUAUUUAUUUUAAAUUGAAAAACACGACUAGAUAAGUUUUAAUUCAUAUACAUAAAUGUAUUUUUGAUAUUUAAA